UCUGGCCCCUGCAACUCUCUAUAAAAGCCACUCUCACUCUCUGCACCAAAUACACUCAAAGCUAUAUAUCUCUAUCUCUACUCUCUACUUCCUGUUUGCUUCUCAGCAUUUACUUUUAGUUUCUAUUACAUUUUCUUUUGCUUAAUUACUAUGGCUACUGUUGAGGUAGUAUCAGCACAGACUGCACUUGCAGAGGAAAAAGCAGAAGAAGUCAAGGUUCCAGAGGCAGCACCAGCAGCAGAGCAGCAAGUUGCUGAUGAAAAACCAAAAGAAGAGCCAAAGGAAGCAGAGAAAGUUGAGGUAUCUGAAGAACCUGUAGCACCACAGGCUGAAGCUCCUGCGGAAGCAGUGGUUGAAACUAAAGAGGUUUUAGAAGUUGAAGAGGCCAAGGAUGUGAAAGAAGAGCCAGCAGUAGAGAAAACAGCAGAAGAGGAGAGUCCCAAGGAAGAGGCACCUAAAGAGGAACCAGCACCAGAGACCGUUGUUGAGGAGGCUCCCAAGGAAGAGACUCCCAAAGAGGAACCCGCACCCGAGCCUGCAACUAAGGGAGAAGCACCGGCACCAGAAAUUCCAGCUGAAGCUCCAAAGGAGGAAGAAGGUGGUGAUGAAAAGAAGUCGGAAGCAGCAGAAGUUGCAGUUGAGAAGACUGAGUAAAGAGUCCAAGGGUGUGGUUUUCUUGAAAGUUUGUGUAUUGGGUAAGCUAGGGGUUUGGUUCUUGCAUGCCAUUCUGUAAUGUUCCUAUCAUAGCUAGCUUGUGGUUGAAUAAGAGUAUAAUUACUUGUUAGGGUAAUGGGUCUGGGUAUGGGAAUGUCCCACUUGGGUUGAACCCAAUGAGAAGUCACCACAUGGCAGACAUGCAUUUGCUACAGCGGGAAAUGUUUUGGAUACUCGAUUGUAACAUGUGGCAGCUAGCAUGUGUGCCUGUUUGGUUCCCGGCAGUAUGAGUUUUAGAUAUACUAUGGUCGUUGAUGCUUGUAAUAAAAAAAUUGUAAUGUAUGAUGCUACUUUGUUUAAUAA